AUGGGAAGCGGAAUUAGUUCAGAGAGUAAAGAGUCAGCCAAAAGAUCAAAAGAACUGGAGAAAAAGCUUCAGGAGGAUGCUGAACGAGAUGCAAGAACUGUAAAGCUGCUGUUAUUAGGAGCAGGAGAAUCUGGAAAAAGUACUAUCGUUAAACAAAUGAAGAUCAUCCAUAAGAAUGGUUACAGUGAGCAAGAAUGCAUGGAGUUCAAAGCAGUAGUUUACAGUAACACAUUGCAAUCCAUCCUAUCUAUUGUGAAAGCCAUGGCCACCCUUGGGAUUGAUUAUGUCAAUCCGAGCAGUGCAGAAGACCAGCGACAACUUUGUGCAACAGCACACAGCCUGGAAGAUGGUGGAAUGACGCCUGAGCUAGCUGAGGUGAUAAAACGGCUGUGGAGAGAUCCGGGAGUCCAGGCCUGCUUUGAGAGGUCAUCUGAAUAUCAGCUCAAUGACUCGGCAGCUUACUAUCUUAACGAUUUGGACAGAAUAACAGCUCCUGAGUACGUCCCAAAUGAGCAGGAUGUUCUACAUUCUCGAGUAAAAACAACUGGAAUCAUUGAAACGCAAUUCUCCUUUAAAGACCUUCAUUUCAGAAUGUUCGAUGUGGGUGGACAGAGAUCUGAGAGAAAGAAAUGGAUUCACUGCUUUGAAGGAGUCACGUGCAUUAUAUUCUGUGCUGCACUCAGUGCCUACGACAUGGUGCUGGUGGAAGACGAAGAAGUGAACAGAAUGCAUGAGAGCCUUCACUUGUUCAACAGUAUCUGUAAUCACAAGUACUUUGCAACCACCUCCAUUGUGUUGUUUCUCAAUAAAAAAGAUCUCUUUCAAGAAAAAGUGACCAAAGUGCAUCUUAGUAUCUGCUUUCCAGAGUACACUGGGCCAAAUACAUUUGAAGAUGCAGGGAACUACAUCAAGAACCAGUUUCUAGACCUGAAUUUAAGAAAAGAAGAUAAGGAAAUUUAUUCCCACAUGACCUGCGCUACAGACACUCAAAAUGUCAAGUUUGUGUUCGAUGCAGUUACAGAUAUAAUAAUCAAAGAGAACCUGAAGGACUGUGGACUUUUCUAAUCAAUCUUUUUUCUUCUAUUCUUGCUCAUGUAUGUUUUUCAAGAUAUAAAAGGAAAGGUGCUGUGUGAUGUGUUUAGAUAAUCUAGAAAUAUAAGUAGCAUUAUAAAGCAAAAAGUUUUCACAUAAAGUUUUAAGGUAUUGUCACCUAUAUCUGAGUCAGUUUCCAUUUCUUUAGGACACUGAGGAGGGGGUGUAUUUGAUAUCUCAGCUCUGAAAUCUCAAACGUUUUUGUAGUUCUAUAUCAGUAUGUACCACUGACACUGAAUGUGCUUGGAAAUUAACUUCUGCAUUGUGGCUUAUUUUUAAUCAUUGAAUAAUAAUAAAUACAAGACGAUCCACAUUAUUUUCACUGGCCAAAUUUUGGCAGGCAUUUAUUUUAGUUGAUAAUUUAAUUGUGCCUGUACUGCAGACUAUUCAAAGAUGAUACAUGUGAUAUUUUAUUGUCCAUUAUUCUACUCAGACAGGUGCCAAUGAAAUGUUCACUUAUUGAUGGGAAAUUACAUAUGCAAAAGAAAUGCAUGCAAUUUUAUGUUGCUUUUUUCCCUUAGAAAAUAUUAUUAGUGCCGAAUUUACCCCUAAAAGUGAGGAUUUUGAUAAUCUAUCUCUUUGCACCAAGCUGAUUGAAAACAGGAGACAAUGUAUGGUCAAGUACACAGUGUAAAGCUGUUUAGGAUGAAUGAGAACUCUGAAUGGGGCACUCAUUUCCUGCAUUUUAUUCCGGGACAGCAAGGAACAUUAUUACAACCGAUGAUUUGGGUCUAUUCUAGACUGCCAGAGAGAAGAAUAAUUCAAUGCCUUAGCAUUAUUAUGCUUUGGUUUUGUGAAUAAGAAGUAGGAAGAAAGAACAAGUAAGUCAUUAGGAGAUUGUUCUUAGAAGAGAAAGAUUGAGUUUCUCUAUGAGGACUGUAUAGUCCAUUCUAAAUAUUACAUGAUAUUCUAAUAGUCAAAGCCUGCUUUUAAAAAGCUAAUUUGGUGCCUUACAAUCCAAAUCACAUUAUUUGUGAACAGAAAAGAUGACUUUUCUAAGUCUGUACCAUUUAUAACAUAUAAUUUUCAAGCAUUUCUCAAUAUUCUUUACUCUUAACACUUAUAUCGAUAGAAGAAGGUGACAUAGGUCAGAAUAGUAGGCCAAUGCGUGAGAUUUAGAACUACUCUGAAGAGAAAGCUAAUUAGGUUUUUACAUUCUAGAUGAGAUGAAGGAAACGUAAGUCAAACAAUUUGCCAAUCUGUAGCUCAAGUUGACCUAGUUGCCCAGUUUCUACUCCAUUGUUCUGUCAUACAUAUCCUUCCUAAAAUCAUAAGGCUGGUCACGACUCUGUCAUCUGAUUUACAGUGACUCUGGCUUUGUCUUCAAAAACACAAGAGUCAUAAAUAAAUUUGUCAAAUAAAAAAAUGUUAUGAUAAGAAAAUCUGUUUUGAAAUUCUUUGGCUGAAUAUAAAUUAUUAAGGGGUAUAAGAUACCAAGGAUGGCCCUGGCUGGUAUAGCUCAGUGGAUUGAGCAUGGGCCCGUGAAGCAAAGGGCCACUGGUUCAAUUCCCAGUCAGGACACAUGCCUGGGUUGCAGGCCAGGUCCCC